AGGACCAAUGCUUUGGCUGACAAAAAUAAAUUGGUGGACACAGGGCCUUUGCUCUUAAGCUGAAGCUGUGACAAUGCUGGGCCUCUCUUUCUGGCUAUGCCUACUGCUAAACUUAGUGGUGCUUGUUUUCAGUGCUGAGAAUUUUACCAGAGAUGACUUCCCACCACCAUCACUGUUCGUUUUUGGUGCAGGAACAUCGGCCUUUCAGUAUGAAGGUGCUGAAUCAGAAGAUGGAAGAACUCCUAGCAUUUGGGACAACUAUACUGAUCCUGUUGGGAAUAAGCAAGGAGAGAAUGGGAAAAAGACAUGCAAUGGGUACCACAAGUACAAGGAGGAUGUCCAACUCAUGGCGGAUACAGGUUUGGAGGCCUAUAGAUUUUCCAUCUCAUGGUCAAGACUUAUCCCUAAUGGAAGAGGACCUGUCAAUCCAAAGGGUUUAGUAUAUUACAACAACCUCAUCAAUGAACUUACUAGCCAUGGAAUACAAUUACAUGUUACAUUAUCACACUCCGAUCUACCACAGGUUCUUGAGGACGAAUAUGGAGGCUAUCUGAGCCGAAAAAUUGUUAAAGACUUCACAAAGUAUGCUGAUGUCUGCUUUAGAGAAUUCGGAGAUAGGGUUUUGCAUUGGACUACCUUCAACGAGGCCAAUAUUUUUGUCAUUGCUGGUUAUGAUCUGGGAAUGACACCUCCCUCGCAUUGCUCUCCCCCAUUCGGGUUCAACUGUGCUACAGGUAAUUCCUCAACUGAGCCAUAUGUUGCUGCUCACAAUAUUAUGCUGGCACACGCAUCCGCUGCAAGAUUGUACAAGAAGAAGUACCAGGACAGGCAACAUGGAUUCAUAGGAAUAACCAUAUUUACUUUUGGUUUUUUUCCUUAUACAAAUGCAACAGAAGAUGUGAUUGCAACUCAGAGAGCCAAAGAUUUUUUUAUUGGAUGGUUUCUUGAUCCCUUGGUAUUUGGUGACUAUCCUGACAUAGUAAAGAAAAAUGUGGGUAAAAGAUUACCAGCCUUUACCAAAUUUGAAUCCGAACAAGUCAAGAACUCAUUUGACUUCAUAGGAUUGAAUCACUACACCACAGUAUACAUCAAGGACAACCCCAGCAGCCUGAAGAGGGAUAUUAGGGACUUCAAUGCAGAUAUUGCUGCAGAAUUAAUGAUUAAUGGAGAUGCUACAAUGCCAGAUGAGUACUCUGUUCUGCCCUAUGGCCUGGUUGAAAUUCUAGAGUAUUUCAAGCAAUAUUACGGCAACCCUCCUAUUUACAUCCAUGAAAAUGGCCAACAAACACUGCAUAGCGUAGCAUUAAACGAUACAUCAAGGAUCAACUUUAUACAAGGUUUCAUUGGGGGUUUGCUUGAUGCUGUAAGGAAUGGAUGCAAUGCGAGAGGAUAUUUUGUGUGGUCCUUUUUAGAUUUAUAUGAGUUAUUCGGUGGAUUUGAAUUUAGCUUUGGCCUGUACUAUGUGGAUUUGGAUGACAAGGAUUUGAAAAGAUUCCCCAAGCUCUCUGCAAAAUGGUACUCCAGUUUUUUAAAGGAAAGAAGCAUGAAAUCGGAUGGAGCUAUUGAAGUUGAGAAGAACAUGUCUGCUCUUUCUCAAUCUCACUUUUCUCAAUAGGUUCUAUUUAGUUGCAUGACUUGCUUUUAAAUUAUAUGCAAAAUUGCAACUACUCUGAACCAAUGUUGCCUAGACUCAAGUAUACGCGUCCGAUACGGGUAUGUAUCCAUGGGCCUAUUGUAUUUUGCAUAAUAGUAUGUUGGUUUUGCUUACUAUUUAGUUGCAUAUGACUUGCUUUUAAAGUAUGUGCAAAAUUGCAAUACUCUGAACCAAUGUUACCUAGACUCAAGUAUGCGCGUCGGACACGGGUAUGUAUCCAUGCGCCUAUUGUAUUUUGCAUAAUAGUAUGUUGGUUUUGCUUCCUAA